AUGCAGGCUCCGGUGUGCCGCGACUGCUUCACAGGCACUCUCCGGGGCGACGUGACCCCGACUGGCAGAGAGAAAACCAUCCACAGCGUCCCAACUUACGUUGUAACCCCUGACCCAGGCGUCACGCCGCUCGGAACCGUCGUCAUCCUCACCGACGCCUUUGGCUGGAAGCUGCGCAACACGCGCGCCCUCGCCGACGCCUACGCCAAGCGCGUCCCCUGCACCGUCUACGUGCCCGACUUCCUGGAGGGCCGCGCAAUCCCCGAGUCAACCCUCCCGCUGCUCGAAGCCAAACCCCCUCCGCCCACCGCCAACCUCCUCACCCGUGCCCUCGACAAGGUCCGCACCAGCCUCUCCCUCCUCUUCCUCCUGCCCAUCCUCGUGCGCUUGUUUCUACACAACCGCCGCGCCCUCGCCUACCCGCGCAUCCAGGCCUUCAUGACCGCCCAGCGCACCGCUUUCCCCUCGACCAAGCUCGGCGUCGCCGGUUUCUGCUGGGGCGGGCUCCACGCGGUGCUGCUGACGCACGACACACCUGCGAACAAGGUAGUCGUCUCUGUCGACGACUACGGCGGCGGGGUGUUAGUAGUAGAGUACCCGCUGGUCGACUGCGCUUUUACCGCGCACCCCGCGCAGGUCUGUUUCCCUGCUGAUCUGGAGGCGGUAAUGCGGCCGCUGAGCGUGGCGAACGGGGAUAAUGAUGAGUGGAUGGGGAGGGACAAGAUGAGGACGCUGGUGGGGAUUUUGAAGAGGAAGAAUGCAGAAUUGGGGGAGGAGAGGCACGAGGCAGUCGUGUACCCUGGGGCGAAGCACGGGUUUGCGGUGAGGGGGGAUCCUGGGGAUCCGAUGCAGCGGGAGCGGGGGGAGCAGAGCGAGGAGCAGGCUGUGAAGUGGUUUAGGCGUUGGCUUGGUUGA